CAGAGAAAAUUUGAACACUUUAAUUCGUGUGUCGUUAUUCUGAGCAGAAUUUUUCAAUUUAUGGAUUUUUUUGUUAUUUUUAAUUUGAUGUGAAUUUAUUUGACAAAUAUUUUAUUCUAAAACAUUCUUCGCAAUGCAAAAGAUUUUAUUUAUUAUUUUUCUGGCAGCGUUUGCAGUUUUAAGUCCGGCAAAAUCACUGCCAUUCUUCCCAUUCGAAAUGUUUUCUAAAUGUCAUGUUGCUGACGAUACCUGUCCAAAUGAAAAUAUCACAUUUUGGUUGUACACAAGAGAUACCCAAAAUAAUCCGACGCAAUUGAAUAUGGCAGAUGAACAAACCGUAACAUCAGCAAAUUAUGCAGCAAAUCGACCAUUUAUAGUGCUUUUACACGGUUAUACGGGACACAAAGAUUAUUCACCAAAUAGUCACAUACGACCGGCACUAUUUCAAAAUGAUGAAUACAAUGUGAUUAGUCUCGACUAUCAUCCAUUAGCACCUGAACCAUGUUAUGUCCAAGCCGUGCAUAAUUUACCAGUCGUUGCAAAAUGCACGGCACAAUUGUUGGAUUUUAUGAUGGGAAAGGGAAUUUUCACACUUGACGAUUUGCAUAUAAUCGGUUUUUCGUUGGGCGCACAAACAGCCGGAAUGAUAUCAAAUUAUGUUAAAACUGGAAAAUUACGAAGAAUCACAGCACUCGAUCCCGCCAAGCCGAUGUUCAUUUUUGCUAACGCCGAGCACAGAGUUGGUCCGGAUGACGCCGAUUUCGUUCAAGUAGUUCAUACAGAUGCAUUUGCACGAGGUGUAUUAACUGCAAGUGGUCAUCAAGAUUUUUAUAUGAAUGGAGGUAUCGAGCAACCGGGCUGCAAUUCAAAGCGAAAUCAAAGUAGAGGCAGUUGUAAUCACGAUAGAGCGCCCAUAUACUUUGCCGAAUCGAUAAAUUCGGACACGGGAUUUUGGGGUUUUCGUUGUGCAGAAUGGAAGGACUGGGCAUUGGGAUUAUGUCGAAAUUCCAAAGAACAAGCGAUCAUGGGAUGGAAGGCGACGAAUGAAUCUCAAGGUGUAUAUAUGGUGUAUACAAAUCGCGAGAGUCCAUAUGCAAGAGGAAAACAAGAGUAGCUUUAACAAGUUCAACUGUUACAUUCAUACACAUAGAAAGAAAUAGACAUUAAAACACAGAGUACAAAGCCCCUGAACCACAAACAUUUAUGAACUUAUCACAAAAUUUAUUGUAAGCAUGUGAAAAUAGUAGCGCAAAAG